AUGACGACACUCACAUCUGAGUCCUCAAGGUCGAGCAAUUCUUGCCAAGACUCUUCGGUGUUUUGCACGCCAGGUCUUAAAAGGAUUCCACCAUAUUGGUAUCCGUACCGGACAUUUGCGAAGGAAAGAUGGUGGAAUCGUGAAAUUCUGGAACUCUUCAGCACUGAGUUUAGAGAUCGCUCCGUAGAGUACUACAGAUUCGCACUAGAAUCUGGAGUUGUCACCAUGAAUGGCAAGGUGGCUCUACCUGGGACGAUCGUGCGCAAUGGAGACCGAAUAGAAAAUGUUGUGCAUCGCCAUGAACCUCCUGUGACCUCGGUACCUAUAAAGAUCAUCCAUCGUGACGAUGGGGAAGAAAUUCUCGUGAUAGACAAACCUGGGAGCAUUCCCAUCCAUACUACGGGGAGAUAUAAGAAGAAUACCCUCGUUGAAAUACUUCAGGCCGACUAUGGGAUGGGGAGGCUCUUCACUGUAAAUCGCCUGGAUAGGCUGACAUCGGGACUGAUGAUCAUUGGAUUGACCUCGCGACGGGCAAAAUCUCUUUGUGAGGAAUUUGCAAAGGGGACCGUCAGGAAGGAGUAUAUCGCGCGUUGUGUUGGGAAGUUCCCAGAGGAAGAGGUCACUGUGGAACAGCCCCUGAUCACCGUUGAUCGUCAGAUGGGGCUUAAUAUUGUGCACCCUGAGGGCAAGUACGCAAAGACCACUUUCAACAGGAUGUCUUACGACGAGACUACAGAUACCAGUGUUCUUCACUGUCGACCUUGGACAGGGCGAUCUCAUCAAAUUCGCGUCCAUCUGCAGUAUCUUGGCCAUCCAAUUGCAAACGAUCCCAUUUACAACAGCACUCGUGCAUGGGCGGAUCGUCUAAGCUCCUCCCCUUCACCUCUGCCUGAUGAGCCUGAGGCUCCGGAGCCUUCGUCCAAGCAUGCGUUGCUGCCUCGAGAAGAGGGCACUGACAUUGGCAUCUCAUCGCCCAUACUUCUUUCGGACGAGGCAAUGACCAUUAUCCAAAAGCUCCGGAACAUGAAGGAUGAGAAUGAUGACUAUUCCAGAUGGAGAGAUGUUGUCUUUCGCGCCAAAGGCGCAGCUUUAGCACCUCGCCCUUUGGAAGUGAUCGCACCUCCGCAGCACAGAUCCAACCCUCGAUUUGAUCCAACAGCUCCAGUGGAUGACCUUGAUACGACAGCAGCCGCGGGUAGCUCUCCAGAGUCGUCGAUUACGCAUUGCUCCGAAUGUUACCUCCCACUGCUUCCAGAUCCCAGGCCCGAUCAACUUUUCAUCUUCUUGCAUGCUUGGCGAUACACUACAACGGAGUGGUCAUUUAAUACUGAUAUGCCGUUCUGGGCUGCCAAAGAGUAUCGCUUUACGAGAGCUGCGCCAUCUCAUCUUAGAUGUGGCCCACUUUGUGAUACGAUACCAGAGUAUAAUAAAACCCGUCAAGUAUGGUGCCCUAACAUUAUUGUAGAGAUCGAUGCAAAUCGGGGGGGGGGGCGGAGAUAG